AUGACACGUAUAAUAGCCUCUAUUGCCGGAGUCGUCGUUGCCCUCGCUAUCGCCAUCCAAGGUCUUGCCGUACCCGGCAGAUCAGGAUGGUGGGAACGUGAUAUCCCGCCACCAACCUCCAGCUCGGCGGCCCCAGUUCCAACAGCACCGGCAGAACCAAUACCAACGCCACCUAAUUGCAACAAGGCCUUCUUCACCAGCAUCCUGCCGCCCGAAGCAAGCCUCGAGAACGUCACGGCUGUUCUAGAGGGCGGCAGCCAUGGCGAAGGAAAGGCAAAUAUUCCGUAUCCGACUAACCCAACGGACCUUCCUGCACUAUGUGCCGUAACGAUCAGCGUGAUAAGCUCGCCGUCGAGUAGCUACCGGUUCGGGUUGUUCCUACCGACGGAGUGGAGUGGAAGGUUUCUUGCUGUUGGGAAUGGAGGGUUUGCGGGGGGGAUCAAUUGGCUCGACAUGGCCACCGGUACACAUUACGGCAUGGCAACCGUCUCGUCUGACCUAGGCCACAACGGGUCUGCAACCGAUACAUCUUGGGCCCUCAAACAGCCUGAAAAGAAAGCCGACUGGGGAUGGCGUGCCCUUCAUGGAACCGUUGUCCUCGGAAAGAAGCUCACAGCCGCCUACUAUGGCGGCGGCGACAUCACAUACUCCUACUACAGUGGCUGUUCCACCGGCGGCCGCCAGGGUCUCCGCGAGAUCCAAGAAUUCCCUGACUCCUUCGACGGCGUGCUUGUCGGUGCUCCAGCCUGGUGGACUUCCCAUCUAAACAAUUACAUCACCCAACUGGGGCUGUACAACCUCCCCAACACAACCGACUACUACAUCCCGACGCCUCUACUCCAAGUCGUCGCCGACGAAGUAGUCCACCAAUGCGACCUAGCCGACGGCGUCGAAGACGGCAUCAUCAGCCGCCCCGACCUCUGCACCUUCAACCCCUCCCUCCUCCUCUGCCCAUCCAACUACACCGCGCCCAUCAACGGAACCGCAUCCUGCCUGACCCAACCCCAAAUCGACACCCUCGAAAAGGUCUACUCUUCUCACUACCACGAAGCCACAGGAGAGCUCAUAUACCCCGGCCUCACCCUCGGCUCCGAAGCCCAAUGGUUCACCAUAAUCGGCAACACCAACGGCACCCCCUCCCCCUUCGGCGUCGGCUACCAGCGCAACUUCCUGUUCGACAACGCCACCUGGAACUACACCGCCUCCUACUCCGACUCGGUCGUCGACCUCGCCGAGCGCAUUGACCCCGGCCGCGCAACCGCAGACAAAUACGACAUUUCCGCCUUCAAAUCCCGCGGCGGCAAGGUGAUUCUCUACCACGGCUUAGCCGACGGCCUCGUCCCCACCAAGGGCUCACAACUGUACUAUAACCGCACCAUCCGCUCUUUUGGCGGGUCCAUGGAGAACCUGCGCAACACGACCGAGUUCUUCAAGCUCUUUUUGAUCCCGGGGCUGCAGCACUGCUGGGCGAGUCCAGCGGGUGUGGACGCGCCAUGGAACAUUGGCGGGGCGUUCCAAGCGGGUGUUAUGGGUUCGGGAUUAUGGUCGGUGCCUGGGUUCGAGGGGAGUGAGGAGCAUGAUGCGCUGGUGGCGCUGAGGAAGUGGGUGGAGGAGGGAAGGGAGGUGGAGCAGUUGGUUGCGACGAGUUGGAAGGCUGGGUUGAAUGCUGCUAGUGGGGUUAAGAGGCAGAGAAAGGUUUGUGCUAGAUACCUACUGACCGGUCACAUCGCCUCUCCCGGCUGCCUUCGAGCCCGCGUACUUCCCGGCAAGAAUGCGCGCGCAGCUCUCAACGCUCUCCCAUCGCGACAGCUUCAGCCUCGUCAACACGCCCGCUACCUGACCACCGAAACGAACACCGCGACCACCGCGACCACCCCCCCUCCCGCCGCCGCCCCCUUCCGAAAACAACUCAAAGAACAAGCCAAAGCCCUCAAAAAGUCCGGCCACAAAAAGAAAAAGAGCAGCGACAACCAAACCGUCCCCGGCUGGGAGCUCACCGUCGGCAUCGAGAUCCACGCCCAACUCAACACGGCCCACAAGCUCUUCUCCCCCGCAACCGUCGUCACCUCCCUCUCCAACUCCACGCCGCCCAACACCCACGUCGCCCCCUUCGACCUCGCCCUGCCCGGCUCCCAACCGCUCUUUCAGUCGGCGACUCUGAUCCCCGCCGUCCGCGCCGCUUUGGCUCUCAACUGCGCCGUCCAGCCCGUUUCCAGGUUCGACAGGAAACAUUAUUUCCACUGGGACCAGCCGGCGGGGUACCAGAUCACGCAGUUUUACGAGCCGUUUGCCAGGGAUGGGUACAUCACUUUGUAUCAGAGGGACGGGAUCGCCGCCGAGGAUGGGGACGAGAUCAAAGUGGGCAUCAAACAGGUGCAGAUGGAGCAGGACACGGCCAAGACGACGGCGCAGCCGGGGGAAAUCCAAGUGCAGUGGUUGGAUUUUAAUCGGGUGGGGGUUCCGCUGAUUGAGAUUAUUACCCUCCCCGAAAUACAUCAUCCGGCCACGGCGGCGGCGUUGGUGAGGAAGGUGCAGAUGGUUUUGGGGAGCGUGGAUGCGUGCGUGAGCGGGCUGGAGGAGGGCGGGUUGAGGGCUGAUGUUAAUGUUUCUGUUAGGAGGACGGGUGAGGGCGGACUGGGACAGAGGACGGAGAUCAAGAAUUUGAGUAGUUUCAAGGCGGUCGAGGACGCGAUCAUUGCCGAGAGGGAUAGGCAGAUUAAGCUACUGGAGGACGGGGGUGAAGUGAAGGGGGAGACGAGGGGGUGGAGUCUGGGCAGCACGGAGACGAGACGGUUGAGAGGGAAGGAAGGGGAGGUGGAUUAUAGGUAUAUGCCUGAUCCGGAUUUGGGGCCGGUGGUUAUUGGGGAGGAGUUGGUGCAGAGGUUGAGGGAGACGAUGGGUGUUUUGCCGGAUCAGGAGGCGGAUCAGUUGAUGGAGAGGUAUAACCUCAGCGCGAAGGAUGCGCUGGCCUUGAUGCUGCUUGAUGGCGGAGCCAGGAUCCAAUACUUUUACAAUGUCCUCGACUCCUUUGAGGAACGACUCGCCGCUGACGGGCAAGCCAUCCCAGAAGGCGGGGAACAUGCAACACUGGCAGCAAACUGGUGUCUCCACGAACUCGGCAAGCUCACCGACUCCGCUUCUUCCUCUUCCUCCUCCUCUUCAGACCCAGAUCUCCUCCAGGGCCUAGCCAUGACACCCCUCGGCGAAUCCCCCCUCGUCCCCUCCUCCUCUCUCGCCGCCAUCCUCCACCACCUCCACUCCCGCACCAUCACCGCCAAAGUCGCCAAGGACCUCCUCUGGGCCGUUUACCGCGGUGAGAUUCCCCAGGAUGGAAUCACCAGCUACAUCGACACCCACAGCUUAUGGUUCAAGGAGCUGCCAGAGGAGGAAUACGCGAAGCUGGCUGACGAAAUAAUCCAGGGCGAGGAGAAGGUGCUGGGAGAGUUUUUGCGGUGGAAGCAGGGGAAGAUGAAGGCGUAUCCCCAAGGGAAACUGAUGUAUCUGGUGGGGAAGAUGAUGAGAGGCGGGCCGGAGGGGAGGGUGGAGGCUGCUGGGGCGGAGAGGGUGUUGAGGAGGCGGAUUGAGGGUGUUUAUUUGCCUGAGCUGGAGAAGGGAGAGUAA